AUGAGCAACUACAACGACGAAUACGAUCGUUGUGGAGGAGGUGGAGAUCGUGGUGGCUACAGGGACAACUACAACGAUCGUAACGACAACAGGAACAAUCCACGUGGUGGUAACGACUACAGAUACGAUGGUGGCUACAACGACAAUACGACAAGACGUAACGACUACCAAAACGGAAACAAUGAUCGGUACCGAGGUGGCGGCCAGGACAACUGCUUCUACAGCGAUCGUGGAUGCGGUCGUGGAGAAUCCGACGCUCGUGGCGUCUAUGAGCGAGAAUAUCUUCAAUCUCUUCACAAUAUCGUCCCCCAAUUGGACCGAAUGAACUUGAACAACAUGAACCUACAAUACGGCUACCGCGCUCCGCAGCGAUGCACUGCCGGAACGUCCAACCCAGGAGAGCUUUCCGGUGGCGCCGAUCAUCCGAGAAUGCCAGUUGCCAAGAAAGACUUGGCCCACAACCAGCAGACGUUCUACGAGCGCCCGGACACUUCGAUAUACGAGAAUCCACGUUGCGGGAAGAACACCGAGCUUCUGACUAACCAUGCACUAGUUCACUUGCCAACCACAUCAAUUAUUCUUUAUGAAUACAACAUUGAUGUCUUCAAGGGACGAAAGAAGUUGGAAAAGAGGGAAGAAGCUGGACCAAUGUUUUGGGAAAUUCUACAAACGGUCCCCAACCACAUCUUUCCACCAGCCAGGGAUUUUAUCUACAACGAUGCGAAUUUGAUUUGGUCAACUAAGAAACUUCCAAGUCACGAGAACGAAGUCAGAGGUCGGAAUAGAAACUGGUUCUACUAUAAGUACACUCGCUGCGUUGAGCUGAACUCUGAGCUGGCUACGAAUGGUCAGGAUAGUCAACUGAUUUCGACACUGGUGGAUGCGAUUGCUACGGCGAGAGUCAGAUGGCCAAAGCAAACCGGAAACAAGUUCUCUGUCUUCAAGAAAUCCAUCUUUCUACUCCAAGGCCGGCUGGACAAAGGAGCGUUCGCCGACGCUCCAGUCUUUGUAAAGCAUCGUAAUGGAGUCGACGCCCGCAUCGGAUUCUCAGUGGCGAUCAAACUUAAUCUCAGAAUUGGGAUUACUGCUUGCUUCGAUGUCUCCCACACGCUGUUCACUCGUCCUGGCUAUCCACUGGUCCGUCUUUUCUGGGAACUCAUUUAUGGAGAAACUCUUGAAAACGAUCAGAUCCUUGAUGGAGAAUGGGAUUCGGACAUGCAGAGGGCAACACCGACAGAGAGCAAUAUCCAACUGAUGUCGAGCGUGCUUGAGAAGAUGACGCUGAUUUUCUCCCCUGAGGAUGGCAUUACAUUUGACAAGGAGGGAAAGUGCCAUCAGACCGAUUUGAGAAGAUUGAAGUCCAGAGGCCGCGAGUUCAAAUUCUAUCAAUUCGGGCCAAAUUCAACUUUUGAGUUUUUCGAUGAGAGAGCUAGACGCGAGAUUUCAGUCGCUGAAUAUUUUCUGGCUGCCUACAACUACCGUAUUCGCUAUCCAAAUCUUCCAUGCCUCCAGAAAAAGCCAUCCAAAAUGAAUCCACACCGUCUUGUGCUCUAUCCAAUGGAGCUUGUCAGCUUGCUAGUUGAUCCGAUUCGUUAUACGGGAGCCGUCACGGAGAAGCUGAAGGGGGAUCUCAUCAAAUACACGACUCUCUCCGCCGAUCACCGUCGUCUCGUUCUUCGGCAUGUGAUUGGUCAGAAGGCAAUCGGAGACUGCCCACAAAUCGUGGACAACGAGGAUCGCUACAUGCAGAAUCAUGGAAUCCGAAUUGGAAAGGAGAUGCUCAGCGUCAAAGCGUGCCUUCUUCCAGCUCCUGAAGUCGUUUAUGGAAACACGACGUUCAUGGAUACGGAGAAUCGAGGAGAGUGGAAAGCUUUGACUAAUGAUCCGAUCCGUACUGUCCUGGAGGACGCUGUCUACAUGAGGAAUCGGAAUCGAAACGCGCCGAAGCUCAAGAAGCGUUUGUUAGGAUCCAUCUUGAAGAUCGGCUCUCCUAUGAACUCAACAGGAUUCGAGAUAGACGACUCCGGUUAUCACCAUCUGAUGCGUGCCAUUCACGAGGCCGGACAACCGGUCUGCUGGCAGAUUCCAGAGCUCGGCCAAGCGGCAAUCCAAGGAAGUACGGAAUACCUCCAGGGUAGAGACUUGCCUGGAACGAUCUUGGAUUGGUUCAUCAGUCUCAAAAAGAAUCUUGACGAGUACAAGCAAAGCGAGGAUGAGGUGAUCGUUCCACUGGUAUUCGUGAUUUUUGAAGUGCGAUUCACCACGUUGAAUCUUGAACGCCAGGAUUUCCAGAACGAUUACACUGAACCGACUCUUCUUCUCGGCGUCGACGUCUCGCAUCCAUCGACUAGGGAUUUGAAGGGAGAGGAUCAUGUCAAACGCUUGUCGAUUGCCACCGUUGUCGGAAAUAUUGAUCUGGACUGCACCGAAUAUCGCGCAUCGUCGAAGAUUCAAGAUGUUGGCGAGGAGAGAAUCGUUCGAUUCGAGAACGAAAUUCUGGAACGAAUCUGCAAUUUUGUGCAAUUCACCGGCAAGCGUCCGGCCCACAUUGUCAUCUAUAGAGACGGUCUUUCGGAGGGAGAUUUCCAAAGAACACUGUACGAGGAGAAGAGGAGUGUGGAAACGGCGUGUCGUUCGAUUGCUGCAGACUUCAACCCCACACUAACCUACAUUGUUGUCACCAAACGUCACCAUACCAGAUUUUUCCUGAAAAAUGAGGAGGAAGGAUUGGCAGAACAAGGAUUUAAUGUCCGGCCGGGAACCUUGGUGGAAGAUACGGUGACCACUAAAAACUACUAUGAUUUCUUCCUAACCACUCAAGUUGGACAAAUCGGACUCGCUCGACUAACCCACUACUACGUGCUACAUAACGAUUGGAAGGUGCCGGCAACCUUCUGGCCGACUGUGACCCAUGCUCUCACCUACUUGUUCUGCCGAUCAACCAGUACUGUGAAUUUUCCAGCUCCUGUCCUCUAUGCUCAUCUCGCGGCGAAGAAAGCCAAAGAAACGAUGGAUGGAGCGUUAUAUGCCAAUGCCCUCCUCGGAAAGAUCCUGGACACCUCUUCAUUCGCGGACCUUGCCCAACUGGAACGAUGCAUCAAGAACCACGAGGAGCUGGAUGGCAUGACAUUUGUCUGA